AUGGCCGCCAUCUCGGAUCCAAACUCAUGGCUGGAGGACGCAGCUGGUAGCACUGCAAGAGGGAAGACCGUUUACGCACUACCGAGCCAUCACUACCUCGACCUCUCAAAGAGAUUGUCAGGUGCCAAAAGUGGAAACACAGCCGGACCUCUUUCCAGGUCUGAUACCUGCUGGAUGCUCAGUCCCGCCGCCCCGGCUUGA